AUGGACAAUAUAAGAAUUCAUUACAAUGCAAAGUUGUGUGGGUGGAUUGGAACAAGCACAGGCUUAAACUUCUUCCACCUUGUGCCAUUAAAAAGAUAUACUAUUGCCACAGUGAAAGAAAGGCAAACAUUAAGAGACUUUUAUUAUGGGAAAAAGAUAAAUAGACAAAGAAGAACUUUGGAAAUAAAGACUAGAACUGUAAAAGAUCGCAUAACUUCCAAAGAGCGACAAUUUGUACUUCAAGAUUCGAAAAGAUUUCACCCAGUUAUGGCAAUCGGGAAUCAAGGAUUAGGAAUUGGCAGAGCUAUCAAGGCAUAUGAGCGUAGAGGAAGCAAAUGGCUACAAUGA